AUGGCCCAGCACUGCUGCUCGCCCUACGAUGAGGCCCCAACAAUCACACCCAUGUUAUCACAGUUCAGGGCAUCAAAGCGGACUACAGUUCGCAAGAAGUUUAGCAAACCGCCUGUCAAGUUAGCUUGUCUCUCCUGUGUGCGAAUAAAGGGAAGAAGUGCUCUUAUCUUCCCAGUAAACGCGGGAGAGCAAGAAAGUCGAACUUGUCUACUAUUCCCAAAAAACGUGCCCCAGAUGGGAGGUCUCUUCAGAUGUCUUCCGCUACCCUCGAUGAACGGACCAACAGGAGAAUACUUUACGGUAGAUAGAUGCAUCGCAACCGGAAGUAUCCCUUUCGGGACAGAUUUGCAAACGAUGUUUGCGGGCCUCGUGGGCCCCUACGAUGUACGCGGUAGAGAAGUGAGCGUAUAUCACUCCUCGGGACUCCCAGAAACAAUCCCCAUGGGAGCUCCUGUGCGAAUAUACGGCAGUGAAACAGAGAUCCUUGAUGCCUACUACAGAUUUAUCCACCCCUACUUUCCCAUCCUGCCACAACGAAUGACCUGUUCAACCUCAGACUGUCCCUUUCCAAGAAAUGCUUUUGUGCAUGGUACUUCAUUCGAGCCACCAUACCGACCCCGUUCUCCUCUGAGCUUAGCCAUCUCCUCCAUCCUGGCACUUGUUCCACAUCCAGAGGAUUCAGACCCGUCCUCCGAAGAGUCUAUAGCUUUGCGUCGAACGUAUUCGCAUACAUUUGCGCAGAUGGCCAAUCUUAACAUCGAGGCAGAUUGUGAACGAGAUACUCUGAGCAGAUCACCCCUUACAACACGUGAACCCUUCCACGCUUAUGUGCCGAUUGAUUUGGAAAAGAUACUGGCGCUCCUUGUUCUAUCCAUUUACGAAUACACUCAGCGUGGUAACUUGACUAAAAUGAGAUACCGCGCCGGCCAAGCAUUGACAAUGGCCCUGGACAUGGGCAUCCAUUCUUUGGGAGAGGAGAACACUGAGUUCGCAGAGGCACAGCGACGGGCAUGGUGGAUGACAUACUACUGUGUUCUACAAGGGUCCAUUGUCAGCGAGAGCGGAUGGAGUAUCCUCAUCCAGGCACAACAAGCACUGGCGCUGGCCGACCAGUUCACCUUGGACUUGACGCGCUGUCUAAGUACAGGAACGAACAUGCCUUACAUAUACCAUCGAAUGAAGGGCCUUGAUGAGACUAUCAAUACCAUGCUCGCUCAGUCUCAGCUGCUUCCAGUUAUCUCUCCCUCCUUUGACGUUGAUGAUUGGUCGGAGUGUGCCACAGCUAUGAGUAUACGCGCCAUCUCCAGGAUCAAACUUUUCAGUGCUCAGAUAAAGGUCCAUCAGUCACAGGCUUUCCUAGACAGUUCGAUAUUUAGUCGACGGCCAUACGAUCAUUCAGUAUGCUUCGGCCAGGGAGGUAUGGGCACUACAUCGCUGUCAGGCGAUUCUUUAUGGGAUGUGGACUACUACCCAGGGGAUAUGACACAAUCCCAGGCCUCCUCCCCCGUCAGCAGCUCGUGGUCGUUCUCAUCAACCUACCAAGAUUACUCAACGGCGCCAAUGCCGAACAUACAGACUGAGCUGCCUUUUAGCGUUAAACACUCUGCCAAGGUGUGUCUUCACGCAGCCCUCGCUAUGUCGCACAUGGUGCAGAUUCUUCCCAGCCAACAUCCAUUUUACGCGUCUGCAAAUGAUCCUUCGUUGCUCCAUUUCCCGUUGGCUAUACCAUCUUUCGCAUCUUGCCUGGCCCAGGGAAGUUACAUAAUGUCGACAAUAUGCUACAAGGCGCGAAUGGCCCAAAGGGCAUAUCCCGAACUAGAUCCCGGGACCUGCAGCAGUAUGGCUGCAUCAGAUCAGCUUGUUGAGCAGCUCAAGAGGGGCCUUCAGUGUAUCAUUGCAACUAUGGCAAAACACGCCAUUGCUUUUGAAGCCUUGCGGGGCAUUCGAGACGAGAUCGAGUGUGCCUACCAAAGAGCAUUUCCCGAGGCAUAA